AUCAGUGUGACAAACAACGAUUUGCCCACUGAGAUGUAAUUUCUUUUUUCUUCAAAAAAUAAGUUUGUGUAGUGAAUUUCUGUGAUUUGCAAACGCAUUUUCACAUAUUUGGUUGUUUCAUAAAGAAAUAAAUAAAGAUGACAUCAUCAAAUACAUUGCAAAAGGCUAUCGACCUUGUAACGAAAGCAACAGAGGAAGACAAAAAUAAGAAUUAUGAAGAAGCUUUGCGGUUGUAUGAACACGGCGUGGAAUACUUUUUACAUGCUGUCAAAUAUGAGGCCCAAGGGGAGAGAGCUAAAGAGAGCAUUCGGGCAAAGUGUUUACAAUAUUUGGACAGAGCUGAGAAACUGAAAGAAUACCUCAAGAAGGACAAGAAGAAGAAACCAGUUAAGGAUGGAGAGUCUAAUUCAAAGAGUGAAGAUAAAAAAAGUGACAGUGACAGCGAUUCUGAUGACCCAGAGAAGAAGAAAUUGCAAGGGAAGCUGGAAGGUGCUAUUGUGGUGGAAAAACCUCAUGUUAAGUGGAGUGAUGUUGCUGGGUUAGAGGCUGCCAAAGAAGCGUUAAAAGAAGCUGUUAUCUUACCCAUUAAGUUCCCUCACUUGUUCACUGGUAAACGGAUACCCUGGAAGGGAAUUCUGCUGUUCGGACCGCCUGGUACUGGUAAAUCAUACUUAGCAAAAGCAGUAGCUACUGAAGCUAAUAAUUCUACUUUCUUCUCAGUGUCUUCAUCUGAUCUUGUGUCCAAAUGGCUUGGCGAGUCUGAGAAACUGGUAAAAAACUUGUUCGAAAUGGCUCGUCACCACAAGCCAAGUAUCAUCUUCAUUGAUGAAGUUGAUUCCCUCUGCUCUUCCCGAUCAGAUAAUGAGUCUGAAUCUGCCAGAAGAAUCAAAACUGAGUUUCUUGUACAAAUGCAGGGUGUAGGAAAUGACAUGGAUGGUGUUUUGGUGCUUGGAGCCACCAACAUACCGUGGGUCCUUGAUGCUGCUAUUAGGAGACGAUUUGAGAAGCGUAUUUACAUUGCAUUGCCCGAAGAACACGCUCGGCUGGAUAUGUUCAAAUUACAUUUAGGUAACACACGUCACCAGUUGACAGAGCAGGAUUUAAAAGUAUUGGCUGCAAAAACAGAAGGAUAUUCUGGUGCUGAUAUAAGUAUUGUUGUCCGUGAUGCAUUGAUGCAACCUGUCCGUAAGGUACAGUCCGCAACCCACUUCAAGAAGAUAACUGGGCCUAGCCCCACUGAUCCUGAUGUGAUUGUCAAUGAUCUUCUGACUCCCUGCUCACCCGGAGAUCCAGGAGCUAUUGAAAUGACCUGGAUGGAAGUUCCAAGCGACAAAUUAGGAGAACCACCUGUCACUGUGUCUGACGUGAUGCGAUCAUUGGCAACAUCUAAGCCAACUGUUAAUGACGAAGAUAUGAUAAAGCUCAGGAAGUUCAUGGAUGAUUUCGGUCAGGAAGGUUAAUUUGCAGCAGUGGAAUUUUAUUUUUAUAAGAAAUAUUUAAAUGGUAACUUAAUAUUUUGUUACUGCACUCUUUUAAUGUUAACAAGCACAUCUUUUUAUUUAAUUGUAACAUCUAAGGCUUGAAAAAUCCUUCUGCGUCUCAUUAUUUUUAUGAAUUAUGUAUGUAUUUGAAGUUAAACAGAUUAUGUUGGUAGGUAUAUUUUACUAGUUGAUGCUUUUGCUAGUUCCACACCAUCCUAUUGUGAAAGUAACACCAAUUUGCCUUUAAUAUAAAUCUUAAUGUUUAGUCUGUGGAUUUCAAUAAAUAUACUGUUAGUAAAUUGAAUAAAAUAUAUUGUGUACUUAGGUAGGUAUAUUAAUAUUUUGUCUAAUUGUACAUGAAUGUUAAUACAGGUCUGAUGAUUUGGAUUUCACGAUUUUAAUUAUUAAUGUAAACAAACAUAUAUUAACAAAUCCACAAGUUGUGCAAUGUGCAUGGAGAUUGCUUUGUAUGUGCUGAUUUUGAAUUCUGUGAAGCUAAAACACUGGACUGUGCCUGUGCAAAAUGAGAGAUGUCUCAUACAAAUUUCUUACAUUCAAGGCUCACUCCACACAUACCUUGUGGCCAUAAAUGUAUUUUAAGGGCUCUAGUUUGCUUCAAAUUUGAAAUAUUCGAUGUCUAAGCAAAUAGGUGUUCUAUAGGAUGAGAUAAAAUAGAAUACCCAAUACUUCCCAUGAUUAGGUAACAGGGUUUGUAUGUGUUAAAAUAUCUUUGCACCUAUUACGAAUCUGCCUACCUAAUAAUUCUAGUUGUAGAUAAACUAAAAUUUAUUGUUAGGAAUUAAUUGUUCAUCAUGUUGAAAAUAUUUUUCGUGGUCAUUGUGAUAAUGUUCAAUAUUUACUUUCACAAGUUUUACGUAUCUUUUUUGAAACAAGAAAUAGGUAUGUAUGUGUAAUAUAUUUAUUUGGCUUUUAAAUUCAGACUAUAAACAGUAAAUUGCAAAUCACUUAAAAAUAAUAGGUACUAUAUAAUCUCUAACAUUCUUAGCUAUUUUUAGGUUUCAAAAUUAGUAUAAAGCGUAUUUUUGUCUAUUGUUUAUAUUGUUGAAUAAGCGAUUAAAUAUGUUUCAAAUAUUUAAA